GGCCGAGGGGGGCUGAUAGAAUCUGCAAGCAGUGGGAGCUGGUAGGGAUCCUGGCCAAGGGGUGCUCAGGGAGCACGUUGGGGCUUUGUGGGGAGCCAGACUUGCGGCAUGACAACAGGCGCUGCUCUGACCCAACGACGGAGGGAGACCCUGACCCCAUGGGCAGGCCCAUAGCUACUUGCUGACAGCCUUCCCCUCACCAUGGACAUCUUGGCCUCUUCCUCCCCAACACCGGUCACUUCUGAGCCAGACAACGUCUCCUCCUGGACUUGGCCCCGAGAUGGCAACGCAUCAGUGGCGCCCAGCGUGGCCGGGCUGGCGCUCAGCGGCAUCCUCAUUCCUCUGGUGUACCUGGUGGUGUGCGUGGUGGGUCUGUUGGGCAAUUCCCUGGUCAUCUACGUCGUGCUGCGCCACACGGCCAGCCCAUCGGUCACCAACGUCUACAUCCUCAACCUGGCCCUGGCCGACGAGCUUUUCAUGCUGGGGCUGCCCUUCCUGGCGGCACAGAACGCACUCUCCUACUGGCCCUUCGGCUCGCUCAUGUGCCGCCUGGUGAUGGCCGUGGAUGGCAUCAACCAGUUCACCAGCAUCUUCUGCCUCACAGUGAUGAGCGUGGACCGUUACCUGGCCGUGGUCCACCCCACGCGUUCGGCCCGCUGGCGCACGGCCCCCGUGGCACGCAUGGUGAGUGCGGCCGUGUGGGUGGCAUCGGCCGUGGUGGUGCUCCCCGUGGUGGUCUUCUCGGGGGUGCCCCGUGGCAUGAGUACAUGCCACAUGCAGUGGCCCGAGCCAGCGGCCGCCUGGCGAGCGGCUUUCAUCAUCUACACGGCGGCGCUGGGUUUCUUCGGGCCACUGCUGGUCAUCUGCCUCUGCUACCUGCUCAUCGUGGUCAAGGUGCGUUCGGCUGGCCGGAGGGUGCGGGCACCCACCUGCCAGCAGAGGCGGCGGAGCUCGGAGCGACGCGUCACCCGCAUGGUGGUGGCCGUGGUGACCCUCUUCGUGCUCUGCUGGCUGCCCUUCUACGUGCUCAAUAUAGUCAACGUGGUGUGUCCACUGCCUGAGGAACCGGCCUUCUUCGGCCUCUACUUCUUGGUGGUGGCACUGCCCUAUGCCAACAGCUGUGCCAACCCCAUCCUCUAUGGCUUCCUCUCCUACCGCUUCAAGCAGGGCUUCCGUCGAAUCCUGCUGCGGCCCUCUCGCCGGGUACGCAGCCACGAGCCGGCGCUGGGGCCCCCAGAGAGGACAGAGGAGGAAGAGGAGGAGGAGGAGGCGGAGGAAGGGACUCGGAAGCCAGGAGAGGGGCAGGAGGCCAACGGCCAGGUCAACCAGAUUAUGGCGCAGCCCGGCCCCAGCGGGCAGGAGAGGCUGCCCAGUGGCUCUGGGGCUAAGGGGCAUCACUUCUUGCCCCAGGAACACCGUCCUGGGGACCAGGCAGGGACACUGCGGACCAGCUAUCUCUAGGGGCCCUGCAGAGGGCAGGUGUGGCCCCGAGAUGAACCCAAGGUGGUGCCAACGUCCCAGAGGACUGAGCCCCACUCCAUUUGCUGUGGGACCCUCACUGAGGCGCAUUCCCUCUCUGGGCCUGGCACUCUCUGUGACUCAGGGAUGAGUAUCAUCCGCAGGAAGGAGCACUCCCAGGUGAGAGGUCUGGGAGCCUGGAAGGUUGAGAGGUCAGAGGGCCUCCCGGGGAUGCCCCUGAAUUUGGUUGUUGGGAAACAGCCUGGGCUCUGAGACAGUUUCAGGAAAAGCGCUGGGGUCCCAGGUUUUCAGGGGGCAGGCCUGGAUUUUGUUGGGGGUGGAGGCUGCUUCAGCUUCCCCCAUAUAGGUCUCCCCACUGGCUGCACUUCUAUUCCCAGGUCUUCCAGG